UAAGCUCAGCAGGCAUCAGGAGAAUAGAGUAGAGAGAAGCUCCCAGCCGUAGGGAUAACCAAGCAAGUUUGGACCUCCAGGGGGAUGAAUCUCUGCUGCCUACGCAAGGCUUGACUCUCCUCCCCGGGGGCUGCUUGUUUCUUUUGCUGGGGAGAAUACAGGAGAUCUAAAUUUGCUGUGCCACGAUAGCGACCUUCAUCAACAGGUUUGUCAUCUGCAAGUCUCGAGCGGUACGAUAGCUUACUCCCAUAUCAGGUGUGUCUGAAAGGUGUUUGUGUGAACAUGCACUCAAAGCAUUGACUGCGUUAGAGUGUGUCUCCCGGGGUUUGCUGAGGCCACUGUUUACUUGCAGCGUGAAGGUGUGAUUGUAUUUGUGUGUAUGAAACAAGUCACAAGUGCUUAAAGAGUGCGUGAUAGGUGGUCAGGCACCGUGGAGGUCAGAGCCCUGGAUUUCAUAGAGAUGGAAGGUCAUGCUUCUGACCGCUUUGGAGAUGGAGAAAGGGACAGCUACCUCAUUGACUACCGAAGGAUUGUUGGAGACAUGGAACCAGCACGGCCACGGCCCUCAAACAGAGAUGGGGAGCAACCUCACCCGUAUGGGGGAUAUGCCCACCCUGUGCUACAUGGAUAUGGAUAUGAGACAGCAGCCCAGCGAUACAGCGCUACGCGUAUUCAAGCUGGGUAUGAACCAGAGAGCAUGGCUGACUACUUGAUCAGCGGGGGUACAGGUUACGUUCCUGAGGAUGGACUCACAGCACAACAACUUUUUGCUAUCGGUGACGGACUUACGUACAAUGACUUCUUGAUCCUCCCCGGUUUCAUAGAUUUCACUUCUGAUGAGGUGGAUCUAACUUCAGCCCUGACACGAAAGAUUACCCUGAAGACGCCUCUCAUUUCAUCUCCUAUGGAUACAGUCACGGAGUCAUCCAUGGCCAUCGCCAUGGCACUGAUGGGAGGGAUUGGAAUAAUUCAUCAUAACUCCACUGCUGAGUUCCAGGCCAAUGAGGUGCGCAAAGUGAAGAAAUUUGAGCAGGGCUUUAUUACAGAUCCAGUGGUAAUGAGUCCCCGUCACACAGUAGGCGAUGUGUUCGAGGCCAAGUUACGCCAUGGUUUCUCUGGGAUCCCGAUUACAGAGACUGGCAAGAUGGGCAGCAAGCUGGUCGGCAUAGUUACCUCCAGGGAUAUCGAUUUUCUUUCUGAGAAGGACCAUGACCAACCGCUUGAAGAAGCAAUGACAAAAAGAGAAGAUCUAGUUGUUGCACCAGCUGGAGUCACACUAAAAGAAGCUAACGAUAUACUGCAACGUAGCAAAAAAGGUAAGCUCCCCAUAGUUAAUGACAACGAUGAGCUCGUCGCCAUUAUCGCUAGGACUGACUUGAAGAAGAACAGGGAUUAUCCUCUGGCUUCCAAGGACUCUCGUAAACAGCUGCUGUGUGGAGCCGCCAUCGGUACCAGGGAGGACGACAAAUACAGACUGGACCUCCUCGUGCAGGCUGGAGUCGAUGUUGUUGUCCUGGACUCUUCUCAAGGAAACUCAGUCUAUCAGAUUAACACGAUAAACUACAUCAAGCAUAAAUAUCCCGAACUACAAGUGGUUGGAGGAAAUGUGGUGACAGCUGCUCAGGCCAAAAACCUCAUAGAUGCCGGUGUGGAUGCCCUGAGGGUGGGAAUGGGGUGCGGCUCUAUCUGUAUCACACAGGAAGUAAUGGCCUGUGGACGGCCCCAGGGCACAUCAGUGUACAAGGUCGCGGAGUAUGCCAGACGUUUUGGAGUGCCGGUAAUCGCUGAUGGAGGCAUUCAAACUGUUGGACAUGUGGUAAAAGCUCUUGCCCUGGGAGCAUCUACGGUAAUGAUGGGAUCAUUGCUGGCGGCAACUACUGAAGCUCCAGGAGAAUAUUUCUUUUCCGACGGUGUGCGCCUGAAAAAGUACAGAGGAAUGGGCUCCUUAGAUGCCAUGGAGAAAAAUAACAGCCAGAAACGCUACUUUAGUGAGGGAGAUAAGGUAAAGGUAGCUCAAGGUGUUUCGGGGUCAGUACAAGACAAAGGCUCCAUUCAUAAGUUUGUUCCUUACCUCAUUGCUGGCAUCCAACAUGGCUGUCAGGACAUAGGAGCCAAAAGUUUGUCCAUUUUACGGUCAAUGAUGUAUUCUGGAGAACUGAAGUUUGAGAAGAGGACCAUGUCGGCUCAGAUGGAAGGUGGCGUCCACGGGCUUCACUCAUAUUCUUUUGUGCCAUUCAUGAGAAGCGGUUUUACUGAAACAGGUGGAAGAGGAAACACCCGAUCGGGACCCAACGUCCCGACCCCAGCAGCUAUGAGCAGAUGCACCGGGCGCAUGUGAUCAGAAUGCAACACAUGAAGCUCCUGUGACUUCUACACUCUAAAAUUUAAACAAAGCUAUUCUGUGACCUUCUGUUCAUUGGUGUCCCAGCUCUGACCCCAAAACAACUCUCUUAAAGUUCGAAGAGCCUAAAAGGAUAGAGCCAAAGAACAGAGUUUUAGAGGAUGGUCACAAACUCUUAAUCUGUUGUUCUCCCUCUCAGGUCAAGGUGUAGAGGGAAUCCUGUUAUUACCUAUUCUGUUGUUCCCUUUCAACAAACUUGUCAUGAUAUAUCUGCCGAGCUUGAAAGAGAAGAGUACAGCCAUAUAUUUCCUUGCUCAUUUACUACUUUUACUACCCCUCCCCCCCUUUUUUUGUGGGAAA